AAGAUAGGUAAUUUAAAUUCAUAUUUUUACAUUUCAAGUUAUUCAACUUGCAAAUUUUGUUCAAAUAUUUUCUAGUUUCGUUUUCCUUGUUGUUUAUUUGUGUUGUGACGAUAAAGGAUGCUACUCGUUACAAGCUCACUAUGAAAUCAGAACAAUCGCCACCUCUAUUAUAAAACCGGAAAGACUACGUAUCGAAAACAUGAUGAUUAAAAUAUCAAUUUUCCUGCUCGCACUACACAUCGCCACAGCUCAGAAGAAUGAAGGCGACAGUUGUAUCCUCGAGUACACAUACAGCAUGGGGAAAUGUGUACGCGCAGAAUCUUGCGAGUCUGCACAAAUAGACUUUCAGCAAAACGGCAUUCGACCAACGUUCUGCUCGUACACACUCACCGGAGCUUUAGUCUGCUGUAGAGAUGGAGGGAAUAUUUUCCAGACACCGCCUAGAGCUCCUCAAACGGAGUCGCCCGUAUGGGGAAAUUUGCCACCAAACCAACAAACCGACCAAAAACGAGUCAGUGAAAGAAAAUGCGAAGAAUACAGCCGUUCUGUGGUCCAGACAGUGAACUUCUUUGCUCUGGUUCCUAAUCCUGACCCGAUGUCCUUAUCAGCGCCCAAAUGUAAUUACAUAGGAGUGGAACUUGUUGUUGGGGGAGAGAAAGCUUCAUUGGGAGAAUUCCCACAUAUGGCAGCAAUUGGCUGGUCAGACUCCUCAGGUGGAUAUACCUUCAGUUGCGGCGGCAGUCUUAUAAGUCCACGGUUCGUUCUCACAGCUGCACACUGCACCAGAGAUACUAGGCAACAGAAUCCAGCGCCUGUCAUUGUCAGAUUGGGGGAUCAAAAUAUUGAUCCUGCUGUUAGAGAUGGAGCCAAUCCUGUAGAGGUCGCGAUCAGAAAAAUAAUUCUCCACCCCAAUUACAAAUCACCGAUUCGCUACAACGACAUAGCUCUUCUGGAACUCGCUACAGAUGUGGACUUCGAGGAAAACAUCAGGCCGGCCUGUUUGUGGAACAAACAUGAUGUCUCGGAAUAUAAAAAGGCCAUUGCUACAGGGUGGGGGGUUACUAAUGUCAGAACAAAAGAAACGUCAAAGGACCUACAAAAAGUAUCUCUAUCCUUACUGAAUAACGAUUACUGUGACAGGCUCCUUGCUAAUAGCAAAAACAGAAACUGGAAUGGAUUUGUGCCUUCGCAGCUGUGUGCUGGCGAGCUGAGAGGAGGGAAGGACACUUGCCAGGGCGACUCCGGUUCACCGCUUCAAGUGGCAUCAACUGAAAACCAAUGCAUAUUCUAUUUGGUCGGCAUCGUGUCGUUCGGUCGUGAGUGCGCCGCGCCCGGACAGCCGGCAGUGUAUACGAGAGUCUCGAGUUUUCUGGACUGGGUGGAAAGUGUAGUGUGGCCCGGGGAGUAAUAAAUAUCCUUGUCACAAUUUUUAAUGAGUCAUUCAGCAGGCGAACUCCACGUAAAGCGAAAUACAGCCCGAUUCUGUCUUUCCAGCUGUUUCUACCAAUUAUCUGUCAAAAUAUUGACAUUAUUGACCUUUGAAUCGCUGCUUCUACCAAUUAUCUAUGAAACUAUUGACAUUGU